UUUAAUUGACAGAGCUCCAGAGUUAACGAAAUCACGAUAAUUUUACUUCAACAAUAGUUAAAAUGAAAAAAAAACCCUGUUUUCUGUAAACCAAUUCGAAGCUCAGAUUGUGUACAACCUUAAAGCUUAAAAUUUUUACAUACUAUUGAUUUUUAUAACCUAUAAAACAUCCAGAAAACAAACAUACAGUGUAAACAUUACACUGUAUGUUUACAAUCAUACCAAAAAUAAUAUUACUAGUAAUUUAAAGAUGGGUAAAAGAUACCACUGUGAUUAUUGCGAUAAAACAAUGGUGGCUACACCGACAAUAGUUAAAACGCAUAACAGGGGAAUGGUUCACCAGAAGCUGGUUCAAGAACAUUACCAACAAUUCAAAGAUCCUGAAACAAUAUUAGCAGAAGAGAGUAAGAAGAAGCCAUGUUCUAGGUUUGCGACUGGCACCUGUCAAUUUGGUAGCAUUUGUCGUUUCUCACACUAUACUCAAGAACAGUUAAAAGCCUUUCAAGACUAUGUUGCCUUUAAAAAUAAACCUCAAGAUGUCACAUUCCCAUCAUUUGAAGAUUUGUUCCAUAAGUUUAUGGUUGGGAAGACAAGCAAACCCAAUGACUCAGACAAUGGGAACACACUCAUUUAUGAUGGUAACGGAGUCACCCACACAUUACCAUGGACUUAUAAUUCAGAAUAUGAAGUGUACGGUGAUGAUUUACCCCCUAGUAUCAAGAAAAUGAAGCUUGAAGACUUUGCUAAAGCGAAAAUUGUGGAGUGGGGUUGAAAGAUAAGCAUUCAAAUAGAAGCGGAAGACACAACACAAGAUCCCAUAGAUGCAAUCGUUGACGUCGUUGAACUGAAUGAUAAAAUAACAUUAAUGAAUCGCAACGAUUCGAUCGUACCCUUCCAAGAACCACGGGAUAUAAGUAUUAAGAUAGAAAUGGAAUCACUAGAAAGUGAGAAUUCCAGUGACCUCUUCACGCCCUUCGUAAACCCUGAUAACAAAAGCCAAAUAUUAGAAAAACAAUACAUGCUGAGAUGGCUACCAACCAGGAGGCGAAGACCAAAAUACUCUGAACAGCAAAUGCAAGAAAUAAACAUACGGGAAACCGCCAAACAAAGGUCAUGGGAAUCAAACGAGAAAAUGCGUCGUCAUGUCCUAGAAACAAUGAAAUCUAAUUAUUGGACGUCUUUAUAUUUAUACGGCGAAGUCGCUAGGAUUCGAAGAAGUAGGUUGAUAUUGGACGAAAUGACAGUUAUGAUCAAAACACUAGAAAGUCCACUACAUAAAGAUUUGAAGAGGAGGGUUCUGCAGUGCUACCGUGAAGCAAAGAGAGAGAAGGAGAAAUAUUCCGGGUUUUGGGAUAACAAAAAUACAAAUCAUGUGGUCAUUAACGUUCUUAAAGACAACCCAAACGAAGGUGUGAUCUAAAUCCUGUUGAAUAAGGUUUUAUCUAAAAUUAAUUCUAAGUAAUAAAACAACCAUUAAAAGAACCA